ACACUCUCGCGAACGGCAGCGCACGUAGCGCAACGUCUCGGUCCUCCUUCGUCCUGUGAGUGAUCUUGCCGGAGUUUGUAAUAUCGGUGUGUCGUAAUAAUAAUAACCGGGCUCGCGCGGUCGCGUGUCAUCGAAGCCGGUUAUAUCUCGCGUAAUUUUCGCGAUAAAUCGGAUACGCGCCACCUGCUGUGCGCGAUUCAGUUUCGCGUUCAGCCACCCUCGGCAUCCACCACCCAUAUCCUCGGUUGUCGUCGUCGUCGUCGUCGUCGCUGCCACUCCCCCGCCGCCACCCCUCUCCGCACAAUUGUGACGGAUGUCCGAGCAACACGACGAGAGGAUAUUUCGCGAAGAGUGAAUCGUUGUUGUCGAUGAGAGAAUCGAUCGUUCUUCGUGUCCCGAUCAAUUCCGAGAACGACUUUGAAUUUUGGCGCGAGUGUGUGGUAUAGGAGUAACUUCGCUCGAAUAGAUCGAGCGAAGUGUGAUUAUAAUCGCAUUUACGUUCUGCAGUGCGAAUCGCGAACACAUCUCGUACUAUCAUCGGGACCCUCGCAUUUUGAUCGUCGUCGUUUAGAAUCCCGGAAGAACGCAAUCGGGAUAUCGCUCGGUGAUAUUCGCCGCGUGUCGCGAUCCGUUACAACCGUCGUGAUUAUUAUCGUCAUCGGCAGUUUGACGCGAAGGAAAUCAUCGAAGGAGUCGAACAUAUUUCACGCGGUGGCGGCGUCUCGAGUCGGGAUUAAAACUGUCGAAGUUCUCUUGAGUGAAAUAACCGGAUUAUCGAACUUGUUCGGCGAACUUUUUCUUCGAAGACUUGUCGCGUGUUUGAAAAUCGACGUGACGUUGAUAUUCGAACGCGAGUUCGCGAGGCACGUUGGUGAAGGCUCGAUUCGCGGUGGUCCAUGAGAUCGUCCGACAAAUAAUUACGUGAAGAUCGUCGCAUAUGGGCGGACUCAUUUUUUCCAGAAGCGUAACGGAACGCGAAUGUUUGUAUUCGCGCGGGGACGAUCGUAGGAUGUCGACGAGACUCUAACAACGGCAGCUUUACGACGGGACUCCAAGUAUGUUACUGUCGACCACGAGACAUCCAUUGACGAUCGGAAAAGGAGAUGAACCGAGAGGCGUAACCGAGACGUCGAUCUGUUGACCGGAGUAAAGUUGGUGCGCGUUUUCGAGAUUUGAAAUCGUAUACGUAUCGCGGUCACGCGUCAUCGUGUGUCGUGCAAGAAAGUGUCGCGUAUCGUCAGUGUCGUUGUUACGUACGAUGAUAUGUGAAACGAGUGAUACGGACGAGUGAUAAGAGAUUCAUCCUUUUGGAGAUCGCGAACAGUGUUUUUCAUCAUCUUCUUUACGUUACUUAAUCCGCCUGUGUCAGUGUAUGUGUGUGUGUGUGUCGUAAACGGACCUCCAUCGCACAACCAUGAGAGUCUCCAGGGUGAUAGCGGGAAAGGUCUUCGGGAUGUGGCUCUUCGUGCUCAUCGCUGCCUGCUUCACACCGGUUGUAAAAGGCGACGGCGGACAAUAUUUCCGGAUUAGGCCGAGCAACAGCUCCGUGUUGGAAGGUGGCGAGGUGAUAAUUCCUUGCGAAGUGGGGAACCGAGUCGGUACCGUCCAAUGGGUCAAAGACGGAUUUGCCUAUGUCAUACAGCAGAACGGCGAAAUCGUGGGCCAUCCUAGGCUGAAGCUGAUCGGUGAUCAAAGCGCCGGUAUUUUCAACCUGAGGAUUACCGAUGCGUCUCUAACCGACGAUGGCGAGUACGAGUGUCAGGUCGGACGAUACCUGCGAAUCAAACCGAUUCGCGCCAGCGCUCAUCUGAUCGUCACCUCGCCACCGCGAAAGGUAGAGAUCAGCAGUCAUCCAAACAAACGGAUAAUUGAGGUGAAGGUAGGAGAGUCGCGGCGAUUAGACUGCAUCGUCAGAUCGGCUAAGCCGGCCGCCUCGAUCAUCUGGUAUCGCGGAAAUGUGCAGAUCAAGGGCGGCGACACCAGUAUCUCCGCAAUUUCCAUCCAGGGUGACAAGGAGACGACCAAGCCCGGAGAGACGUCCAGGGAAUUGCUCAAGUACGACACUCACGGUUCCAUUACCAUCAUGCCUACGGCGGACGAUAAUGGGAUGGAUUACACCUGCGAGGCCAGCCAUCCAGCUAUACCCAUAGACAGGCCCAUGCGGGCGACCAUUACACUCUCCGUUUUCUAUCCACCCGGUCCACCGUACAUAGAAGGCUACACCGAAGGCGAAACCGUACAACGCGGCCAAAACGUGGAGCUCGCGUGUCGAUCGCGCGGUGGAAAUCCGCAGGCAGAGAUCGUUUGGUACAGGAACGACGAGAAGAUGACGGCGGCCCAUCGCAGAGGGCAUGGUGUUAGUGAGAAUGUACUGUCGUUCGUAGCUCGGGCGGAAGAUGACAAGGCGCGCUACAGGUGCGAGGUCUCCAAUAUCAUGAGCGUGCAGCCUAUGAAGGUGCAGGUCGAUCUCACCGUACUUUUCGCGCCCGCUGGGGUCUUCAUCACCGGACCGACGGAAGCGAAGGCAGGCGACCAAGUACUCAUUACUUGCACGACGGAGAACUCGAAUCCGCCCGCGGAUAUAAAGUGGACGGUGGACGGGCGUAAUUCCGAGAGUAACGCCUCGAAGACAGAGCCGGCGCCGAACGGUGGCUGGAUCACCAGCUCGAACGUGACGUUCAGCAUUAAUCACAAGAGCCGCAGCAUCGUCGUCAUCUGCCACGCUUCCAACGUCAAACUCACAGAGAACGUGGUCGGCACGCAUACCAUCAACGUAAUAUAUCCUCCUUCAAAACUAACUGUCACCGGAUACGAUGAGAGUACGACGAUAGUCGCCGGGACGGUGCUGAAGCUCAUGUGCAUCGCCACGUCGGGUAAUCCAUUGGCCACGUUAACAUGGUACAAGAACGACCGCAAGGUACCUGGUAUAAUAAGACAGCGAAAUCACGCUGUCUCCAGCGAGUUGGCGAUACUCGUCAACGCAUCCGACAACAACGCUCACGUGCGAUGCGAGGCGACGAAUUCCGCCACCGAGAUCCCCCUGCUGAAAGUUCUCGUGCUAAAAGUCCAUUUCCCGCCCGAGAGGGUAAAGAUUAACCGCGAGCCCCAGGACUUUCACGCCGGCCAGGAGGGACGUAUAAUCUGCGAGUCGAGCAGCAGCAAUCCCGCUGCCGAAAUGUCGUGGUGGAAGAACGGGAUACCGGUGACCGGCACCAGGAACAGCACCAAGUCCGGAUUACACGGCGGCUACCUGUCGUCUGUCGAGCUCGCGCUGGACUUAACCGAGGACAUGAACGGUGAAGUGUACACAUGCGAGGCGAAAAACACCGAAUUGGGGAGAUCUGUCCACGACGCGACGACUCUGGACGUGCUAUACAAGCCGAUAUUCUCGCCGUUAGAUCCUUACGAACUAACCGGUCUGGAAGGAGAGCCUUUCGUCAUUUCCGUAUCGGCAAGAGGCAAUCCCAACACGACGGAGUACACGUGGACAAGGGACGGUCUGCCGCUGGGUAGCAGUAGCGGUAAGAGAAUAGCCGCCCACGGUUCCACGUUAAAUAUCACGAGAUUGGAUCGUCACGAUGCCGGCACGUAUAUAUGCGAAGCGCUGAACAAGGAAGGAACUACUUUUUAUCAGCUAAAUCUCACCGUGCAGUACCCGGCGAAAAUCAAACGCACCUCGUCAUCGGGGAUAGUUUAUCCACCGGGUGUCGAGGCGAAACUGUUUUGCGAAGUCGAUGGUAGCCCGAUCGGCGACGAGUACGUCACGUGGCAAAAAGUAGGAUCGAAUCCCGAAUUACCGGGACGUUAUUCGACGUCCUUUGUUAAUCGGACGUCGUAUCUUCACAUAGAAUAUCCUAGCCAGGAAGACGUCGGCGAGUAUCGGUGCAAAGUCAACAACAUCAUCGGCAACGCAACAUCGGAUCCUAUUCUAUUUAUUACGAAUUUUAAACCGGAAAUGACAAACACCCCGCUGACGCGAAAGGCAGCAGCGAACAAAGGAAUAAACGUCCAAUUGUUCUGCAAAGCGCGAGGAUCUCCAUUGCCGCGUUUCACUUGGAUCUUCAAUGGGAAAACUUUAUUGCCGAACGCAACUGAGAAUAAAUACAGUAUCACUCACAGCGAUCUAUCCGAGCUCUAUUCGGAAACAACGUUGACCAUUUAUCACGUGACGUCACAGGACUAUGGAAAAUACGAGUGUCGUGCUCAGAAUAAAAUGGGACAGUCCUUGGAUGAAAUACACUUGGACGUCACGUCACCGCCGGACAAGCCGAGCGACUUAGAGAUCUAUAACGUCACGCACGACGCGGUCACGUUGAUUUGGAAGCGCGGUUUUGACGGCGGCUUGCCGACGUCCCACCAGAUACGGUGGCGACAGGCGUUGGAUUAUGAGGAUCGCUAUCAUUACCUGGACGUCUCGCCUGGUGAAUAUAAAGCCACUAUAUCCGGCUUGUCGCUCGGGACUUCUUAUGUGUUUAGCGUGAAGGCAAUCAACGAGAAGGGAGACAGCGGCUUUUUGCCGGAUCUCCUUAAAGUCCAGACACUUCGCGAGGCACCACCAACCGAGUUGACAUCAAGCGAGAAUAGUUCCUCCUACAUCAUCGUCAUUAUCAUCACUGUUUCCGCCUCUGCUUGCCUACUCAUUGCCGCGACCAUAGUCUUUGCUACAGUAAAAUCGAAAAAGAAGGCCCAGCGUACGGGUAAAUAUAAUAUUUAUCAUGUGUUCUUUCUUUCCUUUAUUUUCCUAGGACCGAAUAAAGAGGAAAACCUGCCGGAUGUUCUUUUGGAAAAGGGCGACUUUCCAAUAAAUUAUAUCUAUACGUUAGCAGCAACUUCCGUCAUCAUUUUUAUCGUUAAUGUCUUCAUCAUGUUGUGGUACAUAGUACGAAAGCGAAAUAAAGCUCGUAUUAAUAAAUCGCAGACCGCAGACAUGUAUGCACCGUCCACCGUCAACGGCGACACCAUGACCGGCGAAUUAAGUUCGAUGUCGGACGAGAAAAGCGACGUCAAUUUCGACGCUAAUGAUUACGUGGACGAAGGACGCAAGACCGCAGCUAGCACGUAUUUAAUAGAUCAAACUAUACAGGAUUUCGGGAAAGGCGGUUUAGAGAUGCAGGUUCAUCAGGGCACCCUCGGUCGUCGCAGCAAUCACAUGCAGACGUCCAUGAAUAUGGACUCGCCGCCGCAGCGAACUACCGCUAGCGGGACUCUCUCAGUGUCGAAGUCGAGUUAUAUCGGUAACCCGAGCCCGGCGCCGCCCAACGACGUGAGCUUCUACAGCGUGGAAAUGGACAACGGUGGUCGGGGCUACAUGAGCUACGACGGCAAUCCGAGUCCGGCGCCGCCCGUCAUCGGCGAUCCGUCCGGCGGGCCCUACUAUCCCACGUCUAUGGGCUCGACGGGUCACAUAAUGGGCGGACACUUGGUAGGCACCGGCACCGGCACCCUGACGCGCACCAGGACGCUGCCGCGUCCCGUACCGCCGCCCGACGUUACCGUGAUGACCGCGGGCACCAAGUCGCCGAUACCGCCGUCAGUGCCGCCGCCGCCCGCCACGUUCGCCCGGGUUGGCGCCAAUAACGGGGGACCCCAUUCUCACCCGCAUUCACAUCCGGCCCCGCCGCCGCCGCCCUGCCAGAGCCAUCCGCUGUCAACGUUCGCGGCAACACCGAGUUAUUCCGAUAUCGAUGGCCAUCUUGUCUGAGGCUCGCCGAUCUUCGGGCCCAGCUCGGUGCGCGGCAAGUACCGCGCCGUCGCGCAGGACGACGACGAGGACAGUCGAUCGGUCACGGUCACAGAGAGGAGCACGCGUCUUUGAAUUGACGCGAACUAUCGUAAUGAUCCUCUUCUGAAUCAUUCGCAUCGUUAAAAUCGUCACCUAUCAUCUCCCUGAGCGACGACGAGCAGGCCGACGGUUCGCGAACGACGGCAUCACGGCUUGAAGGUCCUGGCACUCAUCAUUAUGCACCUAAACAAUCUUCGAAGACUCUGUUUGGUGCACGAGAACGAAAGUGUGUAAAUAGAAAAAGACAAAAAGGGAGAGAAUGAAAAGAACAUUGAGACGAGAGUGGUGCACCAGGUAAUGCUGUAAACACGCCUUUCCCUUCCACGCGGCUACUUUCUAGACGAGAGGAGACAUGCGCGGGGCUCUCCUAUGCGAUUGAAUUCUAAUUUUAGGGAUAUAUGUAUAAUCGAAUGCUCGAUAAGCGACGGUGAUCCUAGAGAAAGAGAGGACGAUCGCGUCAAUACACGCGAGCGUACUCCAAAAAGCUUGAAGGAUGGUUUUACUAUUCCAUUUCCGCUAUCCUGCCUUUUCUCCCAACUUCACCAUUUCUCCUAAAUCAUUACUCUAACUCAUUGUCUUUGUCCGCUCGCCUUAGCGUUAGUUAGUAUCAGCUGAAAUAGCGAUCACAGCGUAAUCAGUGACACGCAUAUGAUCGAAGCUCCGAAUCGACACACCGAUUUUAUCGAGGAAAGUAUAUUUUCUGUAAAUACACACGCGUAAUCAGAGAGAUAGAUGAAUACUCGUGGCAAUAAUUUUGUUCUUUGGUUAAUUCAUGUCAGUAUGUAACUAUAUCUAUCAUAACGAUUAUGUUUAGAUAUCACUAUGCAGGUAUCAACGUCUAUCGAGAAAUCCGUGAGACAUCUUUGAGAUAUCACCCGCAAAGCGAUUUUCUUCACUCUGAACAUGUGACAAACGCCGAAAUGUAGAUUUCUAAAUCUGCAAUCACAGAUCGACUUCAUGAUCAACACUGAUAUUAUUAUCAGUAUAAAUAUCAUUGGAUAUAUAUCCGUUUUCCUUGGCACUAGAAUAACCAACCUCAUUCCAUAGCUUGAAGUUGGAAGGAAGAAAAUAUCAUGUUCAAAAUAUUUGAUUGAUCUUAUAUUAUAAGAAAAAGUUUAGAUUAAAUUUGUUAUUGAAUUAUCAACAAAUAUCGUAUUAACAUAGCACCAAGCAUUAUAGGAAAAUAUUAUCAUAAAUAUAUCACUGUAAUGCUAAGCAACAUUUUUAUACAGUAUUUUAUAUGCAAAAUGUUUUUUUGUUUUUUUUCAAUUUUCAACUUGCGAAUCCCUAUUUUUAGAAUUAAUUUGUAAUAUUUCUUUUUAUAUUAUACAAGUUUAUCUGCCAAUUUAUAGGCUGAAUUGGUUAUUCCAGUUCUAAGGUAUCGAUACGAGUUUUUCAUGCUUAUGAUCAUCGCGCACGAUUACUGACAUUGAUUUUCAGAAUAGUGAUAGCAAUAUUAAUUAAUGAUCGCACAAUACUGCCCCUUUAGAGCUCGCAGCUACGCAAGAGUGGGCAUAUCCGUCAUGACCGUCCAUUGUUUACUUUCGCGUCAGUAAGUCGGUUUAUCCCGACGAUUCGAUGCUGAGGGAGACGAGACAAUCGUUAUUACAAAAAAGAAAGCUUGAAAAACCGAAAAGAGUGCGAUAGCGCGGCGAGGUUAAACUUUCUUUCCCUUCCUGCCCUCCAUCUGUGUCGUUUAUGAUCCUAUUUGAGUUAACGGUGUCUCCUUGAACACAAUAUCCACGGUGCUAGGUAGUCGAGCUUAGCGCUAAAUGUGCGGCGGUUUGAUCUCGAAUCUGGACAUUUCCAUUCGUGAAACACCAUCUAAUGCCAGGAUAUAGCCAUUUUUAGCACUAAACGGCAAGAAUAUCCAACGAAGUCCAUCAUUUUGCGUUUUACGAGGGCAUUCAGGAUCUUGCGAGAACAAGUAGGUGAGCCUGGAGUCAAUUGUAACAAAGGAGAAUUGUAUUAUUAAUACAACAUGUCUGAAUCGCAUUGAAUUGUAUUUCUGAGAUUGCAUGAAAAUUUUGAAAUAUUUUUUCAAUUUACACAAACUCGUAGAGAAAGUUCCUUUUUAUAUUCGACCUUUAUAUUCCUCUUUACACUUGUACUCUUCAAAUUGACUUCAGACUAUCCUAUGCAUCGCAUAGAAAUGAAGACUACAGUUAAGGCGUGUGUUUAGAACUUUGCUGGUCCGUUGUUUCUGCAUCAAACAACGUGCAACAAAACAAACUGCAUCUCGAGUACGUUGUUAGCAUAGUGCAAUUUGCAUAUCAUAAUUCGCAUUCGCGAAUUCUUUAUUUACUUACGUUAAAGUUACUCUUGCGUUGCUUAUAUACGUUAUACAGCUGCGCUGCGAUUCUUGUCCCUUCUGAGUAACUCUUUUACGAAACGAAAAACCAAUCUGACACGUAGAAAACAGAGUUUUCACUGCCGAUCCUAAAGUCAAUACUAUAGAUAGUACAUUGACCGCGCAUAUACAUGUUGAUAAAUAUUUUUAUCUUCUUAAACACACGCAAUAUAUAUAUACACAUAUAAAACGUAUGUAUAUUAAACGGCCAUUCGCCGUAUUACGCCGACUUUUACGAUGUUAAUCGUAUACAAUGAAUCGCUCUUUAAAAACCUACGUACAUUUGUGUUUACUGGUGAUUCCAAGUAACCGAGAUAAUGAGAGAUCCAAGUUUCUCGUCACGAGAACAUUAACGGAUCGAGCUUGCAUUUUCCAGGAACGCAUGUCGAAAUGAGUUUGCGAAUAGGAAAACCGGGAUACGAUAUCAAGGCACGCGACUAGUGCAGACUUUAAUCAAGUCGUUGACAUCACAAUUUCGAUCUCGUCGCGAACUCGCGGUUUUACUUCGUGAGCAAUUGUUACGCGAGAUGAAGAUAUAGGAGAUGUGUAGCGCAAAUAAUCAGCGAGAGAAAAGGAUUCUUCAGAGAGGAACAAAAGAACCGGGAGCCAUACCAGUGAAUGUCUUGGCGUAGUGAUAUCUCGAACAAAGACAAUAGUGCAUAAGUUUAAAUUGCUACAUAAUGAUUUUUAGUUAAGGAGGGAUAUAAAGAUACUCUUUGCCGACAGCGCGAGGAAGAUACUCGCGUCAUGCAUUAUCGUGGAUAAUCGUAUUAUUAGCUAAAUGUUCGACACAUAUACAUAUAUUUUUGCAUUUAUUUCCAAUUAAUAAUUAUGAUUAAAUCAAUGUAAAUAGUGUGCGAUAACGUCUCAGUGUUUCACGCGGUUGAAAGAGAGAGGGAAAAAAUUUAAAAAAAGCCGAGAAAAAAAACAAGUAAUUCAAAUGGAUCAUAUGAGGGUCUUCACUAUUACCUAGGCUAUAAACGAAAUAUUGCUUAGAAAGGGUAAUAAUGCUGUAUAUCCGCGCAAAGAAGAAAAAAAUUAAUCCCGUUGAUUGGACGAGACAACGUCUUUCCGUUUUUCGUCGAAAGCCUAAGUAGUCAGCGUAUAUAUAUUUUUGAAAAAAAAAAUGAGAGAUGAUGAUGACGACGACGAAACUCGAUGCGUUUGGCCUAUCGUAAGAGGGGGGGAUAUUAUUGCAACAAGAGAGCCAUGUAACGCACGAUGCGUUUGCAUUGCGGCGGUAAAGGGCUGUGACAAUGAGAGGUGUAAGUCCCGAAGACGUCGCGAGUUUCUCGAUAGGGAGAACACCAUCGUCGCCGAUGGUAGCAGCGCGUGGCGAUUUACGAUAAUUAUAAUAAUAAUUGUUAUCAUUUCGCCGCUUACAUAUAUAUAUAUAUAUAAAAUUCCAUUGUUCGUUCUCGCGCGAAAUCCUGUCUGUACGUCGGCGCGAUGAAGUCUUCCUAUAAUGGUGUUCUUAACCAGGAAUCGCAAAAAAAAAAAAAAGAAAGGAAUACGAAACUGCGACGGGAAGAGAUCCUCCGGGAUCUUUCACACUUCACCACGAACGGUGAGGAAUUGUUUGUAGGAAACAAUUAUACUUUAUCCGCCCAGACGGUCACGUGCGUCGCAUCGCUCAUUGCGGAGAGAUUGUUUGAAAGUUUUAUGAAUAACGUUUUUCUGUAGCGUACGCAUAUAUAUUGUUGUUUCUCAUUACAGCGAUUAUUUGUUAACACAAUAGAUUCUACGAAGCUUAUAAGACAAAAAGAGAGAAGGGAAGAAAAAAAAGAAGAAAAAAAGAGAGAGAGAGAUAGAGAGAGUAUUGUUAAACCGCCGUUGUGUAUGGAGCCGCACAGUUCGGCUUAGACUGAUGAUAAGAAAUUCACGUAUGCUCAAUUAGAGAUGAACAUGUUCGCGCAUAAUUAAGAGUUCUAUUUACAUAUACAUGUUUUAUAUUUGUAAUUAAAAAAAAAACAAAUCAUCUAUACUUAAUAUUACCUGAAGAUUAUUAUUAGAUUUAUGUAAUCUCCAAAGUAUUUGCUCAUCAAAGUGCUAGGCAUGUUAGACGGACCGCUAUUCGUCCAAAAUGGUACCUUGGAGAUGGACAUACCAUCUAACACGUAUGAUAUUUGAUAUUUUACAUAAUAAUAACGACAACACUUGUAAUUUCGUUGAUUACUCUAAGACAUAGUCAAUCCUAAUUAUACAAUCAUUAAGGAUAUGGAAAAGAAUCAAUUAAUCGUUUUACAUGUAUAUAUAUAUAUAUAUAUAUAUAUAUAAACGUAUAAUGUACAUAGCACUUAGAUAGACACGAAAGGAAUGAAAGAAAUGAAAAUACUUGAACGAAUUAUACUUGAACGAAUUAUAUCAAACUACGAAAAAAAAGAAAAAACGAAUCGAGAGAGCUUUUGUAUACUAGAUGUAUAUUGGUAUAUUCACUUUGUAUCGUUCUUUUUAUCGCGAUGAUAUAAUUAUCGAUGAUAAAUAGGAAUUAACGACAUAAUUAUUUCUAAAAAUGCGAUAGAACGAUAAAAUGCGAGUAUCGCGAAUCGCAAAUCGACGACGAAAUAGAAAAAAAAAACCGAAGAAGAACGCAUCAGGACAAAUAUGCGAAUAAUGCACGAGAGACAUUGCGAAAUUGUAUCCGUUCCAAAAUUGAUAUCGCCAGUGUUCCACCGCCUUCGCGUCACGCCACGUUUUUCACGACGAUCUUUUACGACGAUUUUUUAUCGCGAACCAGGCUCUAUUCUCUACUUUUUCACGUAUAGGAGAUAAUUUUUAUCCCUUUGUGCCGAGGGUUGCGCCAAUAAUAAACGAAAGUACGUUGUACUCUUCCUUCCCCCUUUCAAGUUUGUACGUAACUAUUAUCGCCGCGACUGGUCUAAGUGUUGCUUCCGUUUUAUGUGCCAACCGAUCGAUGUUGUUCUUCGACAUGUGUAACAUACCGUGUGUUAAUGCGAAAUGACACUAUUAAGAGAAAAAAAAAACAAAUGAUUAGCACCGCGGUCGACGGAAAUUUCUCGACGUUGCUUCUCCGAGUACAACAAAGGUCAAAAAGAAAGAAAGAAAGAAACGGAGAAAGAAAAUGAAAAAUAGAAGCGAAAAUGAAAAGCUCUCUGAUCGACGUAACGAUCGAUGUAACAUAAUUGAAUGCCCAUGAUUAACUGAUUAAUGUACAUAUACAUAGUAUUUUUACAUUCUAAUUCUAAAUUACAUUUCCAAUUCUAAAUGGUAUACACAACACUACACUCACUGUGAGCUUCGCUCCGUCAUCUGUGUAUUUGUUCGCGUUGACGACGGCAACUGCUUGACCGUUGUCGGUCCAUCCCUCGUCGGGCUAGAUGUAUUUCGUACAAAAACGCAUUUAUAAUGAUUAUUGCUCAUGCCCCCUCUCUGUUUUUUAAAACCACCCCCCGUAUACACAUUCGCGCUGCUGCACGACGUUCAAUAAAUAUAUAUGCCUUGUGCCUUCGCCGCACCACGUUACUUAAACCAUAAUAUGUAAGACAGAAUGUGAAGGUAGAAACGAAGAAUACCUUAGGUGCGAAGCAUUUACAAUUGUUUUUAAGACACGUUCGCGCGAUUUGUCUGAACUGUACUUAUUGCCAAAAUUCGUAGCAGGAUGUCGAUCUUGAACGUUUUCAAAAUAUGAAACAAUUAAAGAAUGAUACGUAUAUUUAUUUAUUUUUUUUAUAUGAUUACGUACUUCACGUUUAUUGUCGCACAAUUAGCACGGCCUUCAACAGGAGUUAACGACAUGAUUUAUGUUCGAACUACUGCCAAUAUUUUUUUAUAUCGAUAUUAAAACAAAAGGCGUAAAUGUUGGUUUUAUACUCGCAUACACAGAAGCAGAGCGAAGCUCGACACGCUAGUCCUUAAUUUAAAACCAAAGUAAAAGCAACAUUGUGUAGCGUUUAAGAAUCUCUAUUACGUAUACACACACCUGCGUGUCUAUACAGACAUAAUUAUAAUUAACGAUUCCAAUCAUUGUAAUUAGGUAAAUGAACUAACCGAUAAGCAGAUAGGUAAAAAUAAGCCACUCAUUAUGUGUAUCAUCUUGUUUUUCAUUCGUAAUUUUUCACUACACGAUUAACAUUUUACCUAGGGGAGCCUUUCGUCAGCUAGGAUUAUUCCGUAUCUGUAUUCUGUAUAUUGUUUUCUAUUGCAACUAUUAAAACUGAUUGUCAACUUAUAAAUCGGUCUAUUAUGCCUUUCUCUUUUCGCCGACAAUUUCCAUGGCCUUUUCCUUUUUAACGAUGCUAAUGAAGAGAAUUUCAUUUAAUAAAAUAGUACAAAUAUUCACACAUAUAUAUCACACAUAUAUUAAAAAAAGCAAGUUUUCUUUACUUCAAAUAAAGACAUGGUAGACCAUUGAAAUAUUUACAUUUCUUUACAUUCACAUAAAAUCAUUUUCUGUAAAUGUAACAAUCAGUAAUUAUAAUAAUUAAAUCAAAAAAUUGCAAAAAAACAUCGACUUUUUUAUCGAAAGAAAGAGAAGAGGAAAAUAUUAGAUGUAACAUAUACUCAUAUCCUUAUUAAAUGGGAAUUAGAGAAACUCGAGCUGUAUUUCCGUAUUUUAUAGUCAGACUAAUUUAAAUUUCCUUUUUUUAGACUUGAUUACACGCAGUAUUCUUGUAAAUUAUCUUUAAAAUAAUCGUCUUUGUCUUAAUAAUGAAUAAAACACACAUAGGAUAUUUCGUAGAUAUAUUAACGGAAUCAAACAUAAAAAUUAUUUAUAACGCCUCGUUGGCGCAAGGUCACUGGAAAAUGGGAAGUCUAUCAUUCCGUCAUUCAAUAUUUGGUCAAGAAGGAUCCGAAUGAAAAACUAAUAUACUAAUCGCAGAGCAACCUACUGCAGUAAACAUGAAUGAUGAAUGCUACGAGAAAUAUACUGUAAAAGUACAUAUUUUUUAUAACAUAGAUAUCUGUGCUUGGUAUAUCUCAAUAUGUUGACAUUCAUUACUUGAAUUUUUCUCAAAAAAACGAUGUCAAAAUUUACUAUUUAAUGUAGAAAAGAAAAAUUUGACGAAAAUAACGCAGAGUAGAUUAAGAGUAAAUUAACGGCUUCGUAAUAUUCGACUUAGUCAAUUACUUAACGAUGGAGAUGUUAUUGAAAUAAAAAAGAACUUUGUAAUCAUAUAUCAAUGUAUAUUUUUCCUUUUGUAUAGCACAGAAGAUAACAAUUACUAUUGCAUUACAUUACAUUUGUUGUCAUUCUAAACAUAGAAGAUCAUAAUGACGAUGAUUAUAACAAUGAUAAUGAUGAUGAAUGUCGAAUAAUUAUAGAAAAACGAAGCAGUAGAUAGAUUUUAAUAGAAAUAUAUUUCUUAAACAUUCAGUUGCGCUGUUCAAAUCUAUUUUCUUUUUUUUUUGUAAUUCGGCAAAUAAAACUCUCUUCAUCGAAAUUCAUUAAAAGUAUGUUAGACUGUUUUCUUGAUACAAUUUAUUUACUCGGUUUGCGUUGUGCAUAUCAGUAGUAUUUUAAUUCUUCGUAAAGAAUCUCGUUAUAUUGUGUAAUUAAUGAUCAUUAAUAGCGGUACUAAAUAUGAAAGUAUAUUGUUCUAAAAUAUUUAAAAUCCUAAAUACCCUCCUAAAUAUUAAUUCUAAAUCGUCCAAAUUAUACAAAAUAAAAAUUUCAAACAAUAUUUUAUUAUAUUAGAAUUUUGCCGAUUAAGAACUUCAUAGAUUCGAAAGUGUUUGUCGCAACGAAAUUAUAUACAAAAUUCGUAUUAUUAAAAAAAAAAAAA